CUCCAAAUCUAAUUCAUUUCUUUUAACGCCACCAUGGACCUCCCAUCUCCACCACCACCCACCUCCGCCACCGCCACAACCACCGUCAAAACCCCUGAUCUUGAAACGGAAACACCUCAAUCCAAUACCAUAACCAAGCAACUUCCACCACCCUUAACCAAUGGUCUCCUCAAACGCCACCACAAACCUCUCCACCACCACCAACCACCGCCGCUACUAGUUGCUUACAAAGAAUGUCUCAAGAACCAUGCCGCCACCAUGGGUGGCCACGCCAUCGAUGGAUGCGGCGAGUUUAUGCCGUCGCCGACGUCAUCGCCCACUUACCCUACAUCACUAAAAUGCGCCGCUUGUGGAUGUCACCGGAAUUUCCACCGCCGAGAACCGGAGGAAUCGCCGUAUCUUAACCACCCACCUAUCCAACACGUCAUCGAGUACCAACCCCACCACCGUCACCACCCACCACCUCCACAACCACUUCCACCACCCGCCACCGGAGCUAACAGUAACUCUCCCGGAAAUUCACCAUCUCCGCCACCGAUCUCGUCGUCUUACUACCCAUCAGCUCCACACAUGCUCCUCGCCCUCUCCGCCGGUUUAUCAUCUCUACCAUCCGAAACCCACCUCCAUAACAACCACCACCCAUCGAUCCCCACCACCCCCGGCUCGGCCGCGGGCGGCGGAGGCUCAAAUCCAAACGGAAAAAAGCGAUUCCGAACGAAAUUCACACAAGAUCAAAAGGAAAAAAUGCAUGAAAUCGCGGAAAGAGUCGGGUGGAAGAUGCAGAAACGAGAUGAAGAGAUGAUAAUCGGAUUCUGCAACCAAAUUGGAGUCGAAAAAGGGGUUUUCAAAGUCUGGAUGCAUAACAACAAAACCACUUUUGGAAACAAGAAGGAUUUCACUAACAAUGGCGACGGUGGUUCUUCCGGCGGAGGCGGCGGCGGAAUUGAUUUCGUUAUUUCAAGAAACAACCACCAGCAUGAAGAGGGCGGGAAUGUAAACGAGCACCAUAACGUCGCCGGAAACAACCGUCAUGACCACCUUCAUCUUCAUAAUAAUAACAACGAUAGUUAUAGCACCGGUGGGAAUGUGAUUUGCACUAAAGGUUCAUCAUCAUCUUCUUAAUCUUAAUUAAUCUCUUAAUUUUUGUUGAUUAUGGAUGUUAAUUAAGUAUGUGUUUAGAGAUAAUUAACAUUCCAGAAAAGAUAUGGCUUCUGGUGUUGCUUUAAU